AUGCUGACGUGCUGUGCUUCUGCAUGCUGCAUUCUGUUUUUCCGACAGUGGAAUGAGUGCUUGUCGGUUUAUUUUAUUUGCACCAGUCGCAGCCUGUGCACCGGGACACUCAGUUGCGCGAGUGAUCGCAGGAGCUCCCUCGUCCGUAACUGCUCUUCGUACCUUCUCUAGUACUAGUGGUCGCAGUUGUGACAAGAGCCCCACGAGCAGCAGCAGCAUGUCGACUCCAGUCAGUCGCGAGCAGGUGGAGCGCCUCAGAGCCGAGUUCGACUCGUGCCCGAAGAACAAGCUGGCGCAAAACUCUGUGACCAAGGCAGGUAUUAACGACGCGUGCCUGAGCCGUACAACCCUUCAGACAACGAACAGGGCAUUCAGCUGCCGACUGCCAAAUAUCAAGCCAGUAACCAACCAGAAAGCCUCCGGACGAUGUUGGAUCUUUGCAGCCAUGAAUGCCGUUCGCCAAGUUAUCGCCAAGGAGUACAACAUGGACAAGUUUGAGCUCAGCCAGUCCUACCUCUAUUUCUGGGACAAGGUCGAGCGUGCUAACUAUGGCUUGGAGACUAUCAUCGGACUGAUUGAGCGCGGCGAAGACGACCUGGAUGGACGUGUCUUCUCUUUCGUCCUGAACAGCCCCCUUGAUGACGGUGGACAAUGGGACAUGAUAUCAGCUCUCAUCGCUAAGCAUGGAAUUGUUCCAAAAUCGUGUAUGCCUGAUGCACAUUCUGCUUCUAACAGUCGCAUCUUCGGUCGUCUUAUCACCCGCAAGAUGCGUCAGUUCGCCCGCGACCUUCAGAAGCUGUACGCCGAGGAGAAAUCCGUGGAGGCACUGCGCAAGGCAAAGGAGGAGAUGGUGGCCACGAUCUACCGCAUGUGCUGCAUCUCCCUGGGCACACCACCUACACAGCUGACAUGGGAGUACACAGACAAGGACAAUACAUAUCACUGCCAUCAAGACAUCACACCCGUACAGCUGUACGAGAAGUUUGUCAAGCCGCACUUCGACGUGGACAACAAGGUGUGUUUGAUGCACGACCCACGUCCUGGUCAUCCAUACCAUGACAGCUAUACGGUGCAGUACUUGGGCAGCGUCGUCGGUGGACGCAGCAUCCAGUACGUCAACCUGCCCAUGGACGAGAUGAAGGAAGCCGUCAGGAAGAGCCUUAUUGACAAAGAGGCAGUGUGGUUCGGAUGUGACCACAGCAAGGGCUUUGACCGGACCACGGGAUUUCUCGAUCUGACUCUAUUUGAUUAUGAUAUUGCUUUUGACACGGACCUGAAGAGCAUGGACAAGAGUGAAAGAAUCCGAUUCGGAGAUAGCAUCCCUGGGCAUGCCAUGAUGAUCUCUGGCUUCAAUGUGCCGACACCAGCUGGCCAGACCGUGGAGGAGGCCAAUGCAUCAGGCAAGAUCAACAAGUGGUGCAUUGAGAACUCCUGGGGCGACGCCAUGGAUGACAAAGGUUACCUCACUGCCACUGACGAUUGGUUUGCUGAGUAUGUCUUCAUGGCCGUUGUGGACAAGCGCUGCCUGGGCGCCGACGCCAUUGCUGCCUUGGACAAGCCCGUUCACGUGCUGCCGCCCUGGGACCCCAUGGGAACUCUGGCCUGAGCGUGGUGCCGGCCACGGCUCAGCCAUCGCUACGCCCACGUGUGCGUGACAGGCGCGCCUCGCUCCCGCUCCUGUGCAGUGUGCGCCAUUACCAGCGCCAGCAUGGUCGGCAGUACAGUCGUUUGAUGUGUUCAAAGUUACUACCGUUUGAGUGUGGUGAACGAUGACGUCGUGGGGAUGUGCCUAUGACGUCAUGGGAAUACACAUAUGACGUCACGGGAAUGUACCUAUGACAUCAUCGUGUAUGAAUGCAUGGUGUCUGCACUCGCUAUGCAGGCGAACGCACACGGACUGCAUUACACAACGAUGCACAUGUAUGUAUAACUGUGUGUACUGAUUACUGGACUGUCUGCCAGUGUGCAUUUGGGUUUUCAAUACUGCGUUGCACGCACAAUGAUAUCACUGAUCUCACUGAGCCUGUUGGACUUUAGCCCACUUUGCUUCUCUCUGCACCACCGCAGGACAUGAUGGCGUUUCCCAGCUGAGCACCAACUGCCUUACUUGUAGUGGCGUCACUCUCUCGGAUUCACACAAACAUUCGUCCAAGUCUCUUUUUUUCCUCCGAUUCGUUUCUGCUGCCACUGCUUUUGCCAGUUCUGAACUUCUCGCCCGUUUCCCACUCUGGAUGACUAGCUAGUGUCCCCCUCAGCCUCCUGACCUUGCUUCGCCUGUCUUUUUAGGCCCACGCUUAGGAAACCGUCUGCUGCAAUUUCCAAUCAAAUGCCAUUCCGGCCACUUCUAGUAUAGAGUGCCGUUGCGUAGACUUCAUACAUUCAUUCAGCUUCUCAGGUACUUAGUUGUUGUGCACUGCAACACGAUUUAGAACAAAAAUAAAUAAAUAAAUAAAUUUUUAGAGCUUGUUGAAUCCAGCGAGCCCCUUCUUCA